GGCGGUGGGCGGGGGACUCUACUGCGCCUGCGCCGAGCGGGAGUCACGUUUCGGAGCGGGCGGGGAGCUCUGCUGGGCUGCUGCGCAAACUCGCGGACUCGGAGUGUCGGCGUGGCGGUGUCGGUGGUCGGUAGUGCGCAUGCGUGGGCACGGCACCGCUCGAAUGGUGGUGGGGUCCGGGCGCGGAGCGGGCGGUGCGGGCCGCGGGCAGGACGGCGGAGCCAUGCCGGCCUCGGUGGCGUCGGUGAUCUCGCGCUUCCUGGAGGAGUACAUGAGCACCACGCCGCAGCGCCUGAAGCUCCUGGACGCCUACCUGCUCUACAUCCUGCUGACCGGGGCGCUGCAGUUCGGUUACUGCCUCCUCGUGGGGACCUUCCCCUUCAACUCCUUCCUUUCCGGCUUCAUCUCCUGUGUGGGAAGCUUCAUCCUGGCCGUCUGUCUGAGGAUACAGAUCAACCCACAGAACAAGGGAGAUUUCCAGGGCAUCUCUCCAGAACGAGCUUUUGCUGACUUCCUCUUUGCUAGCACCAUCCUGCAUCUUGUGGUCAUGAAUUUUGUUGGUUGAAUCCUUCCCAUUCACUGAAACAAGGAGAAAUAAAGAACUAUGUUUUCACUUCAUGGUUUCCUCGGAUAGAAAUGACAUCAGCUUGAGGACAAGCAGAUUUUCAUACUUCAGACUUAAAACUUGCUGCAGACAUUUUAUUUUGAAAUUCGAGGUGGGAAACACAGGGAAGAUUCUCUGCUGUCCUUUCUCUGAAAUACUUUGUAAUGAGCAUUUAACACCAUGACCUCUGCCAUCCCCUUACUGUAAUAACCUGUUUGCCUUCUAAAUAAAGUACUUCUUGUUAGUCCUC